AUGAAUGAACAAUUUCGAAAGUUUCUAUUAAAUCAAGAGAAAUCUGAUGUUCAAUAAAAGAAGUCAGAUAGUGCACCUUAAAUUAGAUUAAAAAUAUAAUCUAAAAGGAAAACUAAUGUGGAUUUGGGUUUAGAAACAUUUGUAUAAAAGAAAGUAAAAUAAGAUGAAAAAGAAGAUAAGAAACAACCAAAUCUUAUGGAAAAAUUAUAGAUGAAUCCUAUCGAUUUAGUAAAAUCAACUAAAUAAUAUUCUUAUGGCAAUUAUAAAAAAUAUUAUCAUCUAAGAUUAUAACAAAAAUGGGAAGAUCCUAGAUUAACAAUUUUAGAUAGUAUUUAUUUUGAAAAUAAAUCAAUUCUUGAUAUUGGUUGUAAUGAUGGAACUUUGACUUUAUUAAUUGCACUUAAGUUUAAAAUUUAUUAAUUUCAAAGGCAUUAUCCUAAAUUGAUUAGAGGAAUAGAUAUUGAUUAUACUUUGAUUAAUAAAGCAAUAGAGUAGAUGGUCCAUUUGGAUGAUUAAUAAAAGAAAAUUUAGAAAUAAGAAUUCAAACCAAUUAUUGAGGAUUUACCUGUUAGUUUUGAUAAAUAUAUGGAAUAACCUAGUUAAUAUUAAUUAUAAUAUUAGUGUCUAAAGCAAUUGAAUAAUAAUACAUUCAUUAGACUAUAGAAGAUAUGAAUAAAUAGAAUGAACAUAAUAAUAAUAGUAUUUUAUUUAAUUAGAUAGCAAAGAACAAUAUAUUUCCACAUAAUGUUUAUUUUCGAGUAUAAAACAUAAUUGGUAAUAAAAAGUAUGAUGAAAAAUAUGAUACAAUAUUAUGUUUAUCAAUUACUAAAUGGAUUCAUUUGAAUUUUGGAGAUAUAGGAAUCAAGAGAUUAUUUAAGACAAUUUCUAAUUUUUUGAAUGUAGGUGGUCAUUUAAUUUUGGAACCAUAAGAAUGGAAGAGUUAUAAAAAGAAGAAAUAUUAUAGUUCUGAAUUUAAGUAAAAUUAUAAAGAAAUACAAUUAAAACCAUAAGAUUUCUCAAAAGUAUUGGAGAAAGAAUAUAAUUUUAAAUUAAUAUAAUAGAUAAAUCCAGAUGAUGAGAGUGCAAUAAAAAAAUCUAAAAGUACAUUUAGAAGACCAAUUUUAAUAUUUGAAAAGUAGAAUGAGAUUUGA